AUGCCCCAAGCAUAUCAGACGCGAAACGGUUAUGUUGGAAGUACGAUGACAAGACCAGCUUCAGCAGCUGGUAAAAGAGGUGGUAGACGACCGAAAGAAUAUGAGGAAUAUGAUCAUGUUACGUUAAGUGAGGAGGAACGUGACAAACGUGAUAAACGUCGUCUUCGAAAUAAAGAAGCAGCAGCUAGAUGUCGACAACGACGUCUUGAUUUGAUGGGUUCUUUACAAAGCAAAAAUGAGCUUAUCGCUGUAAUCCGCGAUCAUCAUUGUAUUUUACCAGAAGCAUUACGUCAAACGUUAGAUGUAGAUAUGUCGAGUACUCAACAGUAUAUGCCACGUGGUGCUCAGUCAUCGGUAACAAAUGUACCAACGAGUACAGAUAUGGAAGUGUACGCUACAUCAGCACCAUCACCACAACCUAUGUUGAGUAAUCGAAAACGAGCAGCUGCUGAAAUGAUACCGAAUCUGAGGCAAACAUCACAGCAGUCAGUGAAUGAAACUGCUACGGGUAUACUGUCAUUAUCUAAGAUCAAGCAAGAGCCAACGUUAUUUGAUGUAAAUGGGCGUGAUUUACCUGACGAUGAAAUUAAGCGUCCGACGUCAUUAUCAUUUGCUGAUAGUACUACAACAACAUCAGCUUAUAGUUCACUAAGCAGUUCUGGUGUUCCUAUCACAACACCAUCGAAUUUAAUUGGCGGAUCGGGUGAUUUUGGUGUGAAUUUAUUGGAUGGUCCAACUGGGUUAACACCAUGUCAUCUACCACAAGCAACAGCAUUCCAGCUUUCAAGUAUGACAACUCCACUUGGUGAGGGUCGAAGCUUUGAAACAUUGUGA